AUGCCUCGCAACAACUUUCUCGAGGUCGUAUCCCAAGGUCGAGUGUGCACUGCUCUAGGAAUCAAAGUCAUCAACAGCAACGAGGUGAUUUCUCUCGCAAAGUCGGCCGGCUACGACACAAUCUUUAUCGAUCUCGAGCAUUCUGUCUUCACCGAGAGGGACUCAAGUCGCUUAUGUUCGGCAGCACUUCUGGGAGGCAUCACUCCGUUUGUACGGGUGCCGUAUGAGUGCGGCCACGGCUACAUCCAAAGGGUGCUCGACGGAGGAGCCAUGGGAAUUGUUUUCCCACACAUAAGUUCCGCUGAUGAGGCAAGAAGAGCAGUAUCAUCCACCAAAUUCCCGCCUCGGGGUAAACGGAGUCUGACGGCGGCACUGCCGCACUUCGACUUCCAGCGAAUUGCCGCGUCCGAGGUGGUCCAGCAGCUCGACAACACCGGCUCCACCGUCUUGAUAUUGGUCGAAACACGCGAGUGUCUCGAGAACAUCGACGCCGUCGCCGCGGUGGACGGCGUGGACGUCUUGCUCGUCGGCGCGAACGAUCUGUCCCUGGAACUUGGAGUGCUCGGCGAGUGGGAGCACCCAACGUUCCAAAUGGCCCUGGAGAAAGUCGCCGCCGCCGCGAACAGGGCCCACAAGGUCUUCGGCAUCUGUGGUCUCUACACCCGGCCGGAUAUCUAUAAGCGCAUCGCCAGAGAAAUGGGCGCCAGGUACGUCCUCGGCAAUUUCGACAUCGGCCUGCUGGCCGUGGCCAUGAACAAGAACGUCGAGUUGCUCCGAGAGGUGGGCGCCGGCCUCUGAGCGGUUUCAAUCGAUUUGUUCUCCUAUGGUGAUGCGGCAAUGAUGCCUGCCAGGAUUGCUUUUGA